GAAUUUUGAAUGGUGCUGCAGAGGCCUCUACAAGCUCAAUUCCUGACUGGACCAUCCUGCACAUAGGCUUUCUGAUUGACUGAAUGACCGAGCAUACUGAAGUUAGUUACUUCGAUUGUAAAGGAUUUUGACAUUCCUGGGAACUUCUCCUUUCACCUUUUCUCAGAAGGAAUCUCUCAGAGUCUGUGGGUUAGCCCUGAAGAAGUGCUUCACGGGGCCACAUAUAGAUGCUUUCAUGAAGAGGGGUGAAAAACCAGAAGGGUACAGACAGAUGAGGCCUAAGACCUUUCCUGCCAGCAACUACCCUGGCAGCAGCCGACAAAUGCUGCAGGAGAUCCGAGAAUCGCUUAGGAAUUUAUCUAAACCAUCUGAUGCUGCAAAGGCCGAGCAUAACCUGAGCAAGAUGUCGAUUGAAGAUCCCAGGCAAGUGAGAAAUCCACCCAAAUUUGGCACACACCAUAAAGCCUUGCAAGAAAUUAGAAACUCUCUAUUACCAUUUGCAAAUGAAACGAGUUCUUCCCGGAGCCCUUCAGAAGUCAAUCCACAGAUGUUUCAGGAUUUGCAGGCUGCUGGCUUUGAUGAGGACAUGGUUAUUCAAGCUCUUCAGAAAACUAAUAACAGAAGCAUAGAAGCAGCUGUUGAAUUUAUUAGCAAAAUGAGUUACCAAGAUCCUCGUCGAGAGCAGAUGGCUGCAGCGGCUGCCAGGCCUCUUAAUGCCAGUAUGAAACCAGGAAAUGUGCAACAAUCAAUUAACCGAAAACAAAGCUGGAAAGGUUCUAAAGAAUCUUUAGUUCCUCAGAGACAUGGCCCACCUCUAGGAGAAAAUGUGGUCUAUCGUUCUGAAAGCCCCAACUCACAGGCGGAUGUAGGAAGACCCCUAUCUGGAUCUGGUAUUGCAGCAUUUGCUCAAGCUCACCCAAGCAAUGGACAGAGAGUGAAUCCCCCACCACCACCUCAAGUUAGGAGUGUUACUCCUCCACCACCUCCAAGAGGCCAGACUCCCCCUCCACGAGGCACAACUCCACCUCCCCCUUCAUGGGAACCAAACUCUCAGACAAAGCGCUACUCUGGGAGCAUGGAAUACGUAAUCUCCCGAAUCUCUCCUGUUCCACCUGGGGCAUGGCAGGAGGGCUACCCUCCACCACCUCUUAACCCUUCUGCCAUGAGUCCUCCUAACCAGGGACAGAGAGGCAUUAAUUCUGUUCCAGUUGGCAGACAACCAAUCAUCAUGCAAAGUACUAACAAAUUUAACUUUCCAACAGGGAGACCUGGAGUUCAGAACGGCGGUGGUCAGACUGAUUUUAUCAUGCACCAAAAUGUCCCUGCUGGUGCUGUGAAUCGGCAGCCACCACCUCCAUAUCCUCUGACCCCAACUAAUGGACAAAGCCCUUCUACUUUACAAACAGGGGGAUCUGCUGCUCCUCCAUCAUAUGCAAAUGGAAAUAUUCCUCAAUCGAUGAUGGUGCCAAACAGGAACAGUCAUAACAUGGAGCUUUAUAAUAUUAAUGUACCUGGACUGCAAACAACUUGGCCCCAGUCAUCCUCUGCUCCUGUCCAGUCAUCGCCAAACAGUGGGCAUGAAAUUCCUACAUGGCAACCUAACAUACCAGUGAGGUCAAAUUCUUUUAAUAACCCAUUAGGAAGUAGACCAAGUCACUCUGCUAAUUCUCAGCCUUCAGCCACUACAGUCACUGCGAUCACACCAGCUCCUAUUCAACAGCCUGUGAAAAGCAUGCGUGUCUUAAAACCAGAGCUGCAGACUGCUUUAGCCCCUACCCAUCCUUCUUGGAUGCCACAGCCAAUUCAGACUGUUCAGCCUACCCCUUUUCCUGAGAGUACAGCUCCAAAUGUGCCUGUCAUUCCACCUGUUGCUGAAGCUCCAAGCUAUCAAGGUCCACCACCACCUUAUCCAAAACAUCUGCUACACCAAAACCCAUCUGUUCCUCCAUAUGAAUCAAUAAAUAAACCGUGCAAAGAAGAUCAGUCUAGCUUACCCAAGGAAGAAGAUAGUGAGAAAAGUAUGGAAAAUGUUGAUUGUGGGGAUAAAGAAAAGAAACAGAUUACAACUUCACCUAUCACUGUUAGGAAAAACAAGAAAGAUGAAGAACGAAGAGAGUCUCGUAUUCAGAGCUACUCACCUCAGGCCUUCAAAUUUUUUAUGGAGCAGCAUGUAGAAAAUGUCUUGAAGUCUCAUCAGCAACGUCUGCAUCGGAAAAAACAGUUAGAAAAUGAAAUGAUGCGGGUUGGAUUAUCUCAAGAUGCCCAGGAUCAAAUGAGAAAGAUGCUUUGCCAGAAAGAGUCUAACUAUAUUCGUCUUAAAAGGGCUAAAAUGGACAAGUCUAUGUUUGUGAAGAUAAAGACUCUAGGAAUAGGAGCCUUUGGUGAAGUCUGUCUAGCAAGGAAAGUUGACACGAAGGCUCUUUAUGCCACAAAAACGCUGCGAAAGAAAGAUGUUCUGCUCCGAAACCAAGUUGCUCAUGUUAAAGCCGAGAGGGAUAUUCUAGCCGAAGCCGACAAUGAAUGGGUAGUUCGCUUGUAUUACUCAUUCCAGGAUAAGGACAACUUGUACUUUGUGAUGGACUACAUUCCUGGGGGUGAUAUGAUGAGCCUAUUAAUUAGAAUGGGCAUCUUUCCAGAAAAUCUGGCACGAUUCUACAUAGCAGAACUUACCUGCGCAGUUGAAAGUGUUCAUAAAAUGGGUUUUAUUCAUAGAGAUAUUAAACCUGAUAACAUUUUGAUUGACCGAGAUGGCCAUAUUAAAUUGACUGACUUUGGUCUGUGCACUGGCUUCAGAUGGACUCAUGAUUCCAAAUACUACCAGAGUGGGGAUCAUCCACGGCAAGAUAGCAUGGAUUUCAGUAAUGAAUGGGGAGAUCCUUCCAACUGUCGGUGUGGAGACAGACUGAAGCCACUAGAACGGAGAGCUGCACGCCAGCACCAGCGAUGUCUAGCACAUUCUUUGGUUGGGACUCCCAAUUAUAUUGCACCUGAAGUACUACUACGAACAGGAUAUACACAGUUAUGUGAUUGGUGGAGUGUUGGUGUUAUUCUUUUUGAAAUGUUGGUGGGACAACCUCCUUUCUUGGCACAAACACCAUUAGAAACACAAAUGAAGGUUAUCAACUGGCAAACUUCUCUUCACAUUCCCCCUCAAGCUAAGCUGAGUCCUGAAGCCUCUGACCUCAUCAUCAAACUCUGCCGAGGCCCAGAAGAUCGCCUAGGCAAGAAUGGUGCUGAUGAAAUAAAGGCUCAUCCUUUUUUUAAAACCAUUGAUUUCUCUAGUGAUCUGAGACAGCAGUCUGCUUCAUACAUCCCCAAAAUCACGCACCCAACAGAUACAUCCAAUUUUGACCCUGUUGAUCCUGACAAGUUGUGGAGUGAUGAUAAUGAGGAAGAAAAUAUCAACGACACUCUGAAUGGCUGGUAUAAAAACGGGAAGCACCCUGAACAUGCUUUCUAUGAGUUUACCUUUCGGAGGUUUUUUGAUGACAAUGGCUACCCAUAUAAUUAUCCAAAGCCUAUUGAGUAUGAAUACAUUAAUUCACAAGGCUCAGAGCAACAGUCUGAUGACGAUGACCAGGACACAGGCUCCGAUGUAAAAAACCGUGAUCUAGUGUAUGUUUAAUAGACUAGGAGAUACUUGUAAGAGUGCAGAAAGACCUGAAAUGCAGGGUUUUUAGGUUUUGAGGAGAUUAUGCAAAUAUGACAGAGUUUGUGUGCUCUGUGUACAAUAUUUUAUUUUCCUAAAUUAUGGGAAAUUGUUUUAAAAUGUUAAUUUAUUCCACCCUUUUAAUCCAAUAAUUUAGAAUAAAUUGUUAUAAGGAAAGUAAAUUAUGAACUGAGUAUUAUAGUCAGUUCUUGGUACUUAAAGUACUUAAAAUAUAGUGCUCUGUCUAAAAAGAGAAGCCUGGUAUCUAUUUGUAUAUAUGCUAAAUAAUUUUAAAAUUCAAGAGUUUUUGAAAGACAGUUUUAUCUUGCUUUAACCAAAUAUGAAACAUACCCAUAUUUCCCCUGUAACUGUGGUUUUAGUUCACAAUAAGCUAAAGAAAUUAAGGCAUCAUUUUAGAAGGUGUACCUAGGCUAAUGCUAAUCUGGAAGUCAUAUCCUGGGAUCACAAAUAGAGCAGAAAAAAGUGAGUUCACUAGAAAUAAUCAGUUUACCGCUUCCCUCCACGGAAGUCCUAACCUAGCCUCUCAAUUACUGGCUUUAAAAAAAAGAAGUCAGAGCACUACUAGUUUUGUUUCCAUAUUGAUAUUAAUGCUGCUUCCAGUUUUAAAAGGGAACAAAGUUGCCAUAAAUCAAAUUUUCAGAUACUGAAAACUAAGGUCUGUAAUAUUUUUAUCUUAAGAUUAGAGUAAAAAUUUCCAUCUCCUAAGCAAAGAAAUUAUUUUCGGUUUGUAAAACUUUGAUUAGAAUUUAUUUGUAUGUACUCACUAAGAAAGUACUUUUCCAGGAGCUGGGGCUAUAACUUAGUGGUAGAGCACUUGCCUAACAUACACAAAGCCCUGGGUUCAAUCCCCAGCACCGCUGUCCCCGAAAGGUACCUUAGCAGUACAGUGAUCAAUCUUGAUUGUGUUGUCAUUGCUGUAGAUUUCCUCUCCCAGAACAGUGCUACAAUACAAAUCACUGGCACAGGAAAAUGGUUCUAUUUGGCACUAUUAUACCUAAGAGUAGAUUAAUUGGUUAAAAAUAAUUAUUAAUUAACUCCUAAUUGGGAUGACCAUUCCUAAUUAGAAGAUACAUAGUGGUUUAAAAAUUGAAGACCACCUAACUUAUUUAAGAUUAAUGUGCCUAUUUAUAUAAUGUUUAGGUUCUAAGGAAGAAUUGUGGCUUUAUAACAAAAUGCAUAGUAACAUCUUUUAGGAAGAAGAAUCAGGCUGCAUUCUUACCUUAGUAAAGUUUGUAUAUUAUUUUCUUUUCCUAGGGUUUACUGACACGAAUACUUUAUCAGAUUUAAUGUUUGCGGAUAGGAAAGAUAUUUACCUGUCUAGCUUUCAUAUAAAAGAUAAUUUGUUUGAAACCAUAUGUAUAAAAAAAUUAAAAACAAAGAUACUUGAUUGAAUUGGAGAAAGAAAAAUUAUUAGUUUAUUAGCUUACACUUUCAUGUUCAGUUUAGAACCUGUUGCAGUAUAAGAAUGGGUCUUUGGGGUCACUGGUUCUUUUGAGAUGAAGGCUGUGUUAACUCUGGCCCUAGUGAAAAAAGUGCAUAUCAGCACAUACACAGAAAGCGUUGCAUGCACAUCCAGGGAUCCCUAGAUAUGAUAGAAACUUCACAGACAGGUUAGAGACCUACAUCCUGUAAGUAAGUUGCUACAUUCAACUGAACACUCUUAAUUUAUUGCACAGUUCUCAGAUGAGCACAUUCUGUGAAAAUGAUGCUCUGUCAUUGGAAGGGUUCCAGAGUACGACGUGAUGAUCCUGCGAAUGCUGGCACAACGCUGACAUGUUGUAGACACUAUUUUGAGGGCACUGAAAUGUCGGCUGUUUCUGAAGGAUUGCUAAGGAGAACUGUAAGAGAAUGUGCUAUCAGGAAACAGUCUUUAUAUCAUGGGGCGUUUGAAUAGUCUGUAAAGUCCUAUGCAAAACAUACUAAUUCAAGAGUUUUUUACUUGGUUCCCACUUUUAUAAGACAGCCUUCUUGUUCUUUGGGCUUUCUCACUCAGAUUUACAUUUUCAUUGAGUGGUUUUACUCCUGGAUUAUGGUGCAAUACAGUAGAAAACCAACUUUGUCAUAUUUACACUGCAGGAAAACAAAGGUGCUGUCUCUCCCCUCCCACAACCACGUUUCCUCUGAAUGUAAACACUACAAAUUCUGUGUUCUUCUAAACUUCCCUGAAGGUCUAGUGUUUGUCAGAGGCAGUAUAUAAGCAUUGGUAUCUGUGAUUUUAGUAUUUUAUUCACAAUUUUAAUAUUUUGGAUACUUAUAUUGAAUUACUCCCUGACUACAUCCAGUUCUUCCAGCAUAGAAGCUGGUGCUUUAUGAGCAAAUAAAGAGAACAACAUAAAACCUGGACACUCUCAACUGAAGCAGGGUGAAGAUGCUGUUCUCCAUGCUGUCCCUUAAAACUGGCUGUCUUGUGUACUUGCCCCUUUAAUACGUUAUCGAUAGUAUUUAUAAAAUGCGUUCUAUAAUUGUGUAAUUGUACAUACUGUUGUGUAUUGUUCAGUGACGUCCUGAGGCAGGCCCUGUUGCUGUUUCUGUCCUACCUUCCUAUUUCUAAUAGAAACUAUAGAAUGUAUGACUAAGAAGUCACUUUGAGAUUGACUUUUUUAAAAAGUUAUUUCCUUCUGCUGUUGAGAAGUGCAAAACUGUGAGUGGAAAUGUUUUAUUCUGAUUUAAUGAUAUGUUAGAACUUAGAAACCCAGUGGGAGGAGUUCUUAGAUAUGCUGCUGCUGUUACCCAAGGUACUUUAGAACUUUUUCUUUAAUAAACAAAAAAUCCCUUUGAUAUUUAAAGUCAAACAGUUUGUGUUUUUUAAUCUAAAAUAAAACAUAAUUUGGGUCAACAUAUUGGUAUAUUUGUAAAGUGCCUUAGUAUAUUCCUUUGUGGAGGGCACUUCCCAGUUUACUUUUAUAAUGUAUUAUGUAUAUAAGUAUUUUGUAUUAAAAUGGAAUCAAUGGCAACACUACCAUUUUAUAAAAUAAUGCUUUGCUAGAAAAAGAAUUACAGCUUUGCAAUAUAACAACUGUUUUGCAUAUUUCUGAAUGUAAUAGAACAAAUAAUCAGUCAGUUUUAAUGGAUCUAUUUGUAUUUUCCCAAUCAUUUCCUCUAGUGUAACAUUUGCUGGGAUAAUAAAAAAAAAAACAAAAUUCAAAUCUUUCAAUUAUGUGCGGAAAACUAAAUUAUGUAAAUUUCUGUUGAUGGAGGAAGGUCAUUGGUUAAUAAAAGA